GCCGGGUGCGUGGGGUCGUGGGAACGUUGGGCUGUCCCACAUUUCUGGACGAUGGCGUCUGCCCUGUGCAGGUAGUGAGAUGGAGGUACACUGUUGGAAGAUCGGAUGGAUGCUGGCAGUGUGUUUGGCUGCCGCCAUUGGCUCGGGGGCGGCCCUGACCUGUGACUGGAAGGGCAGCGGGCUUGCUCACGGCACGACCGGCCACGUGACGGUCGUCUCGCUGGGCUGCGGCGCCGGCCGCGUGCAGUGGCGCUACCCGCAGGGCGCCCUGCGCGUGGCGCUCGACCCGUCCGACGCCUUCGACUUCCGCGCGUGUCUGCGCGUCGAGGCCGGCAGCCGGGGCGCGCGCAUCUUCGUCGAGACGCACCGGCGGCUGCAGCUGCUCUGGGCCGAGGACGACGGUCUGGACGCCGGCCGCUGGCGCUGCUUCGUCUCGCGCGGCGGCGCCGCCUCGCUCUUCCUCGAGGCGCCCGGCGAGCGGGCCGACCCCCUAGUCAGAAGCGGCGUGAGCUUCGAGUACGACGCGCAGCCGACCGAGUCGGACCGGCUCUGGGACGACCUGGAAGAUUGCCGGCCGUGCACGGACAGCGAGGUGCUGCUCAGCUACUGCACCAGCGAUUUCGUUGUGCGCGGCCAGAUCACGGGCGUCGAGCACCACGACCGGCUGGACCGCAGUGCGCUGCUGCUGAGCGCUUCGCGCGUCAUCCGGCAGACGAACGACAUCUUCCGAACGAACGGCGAACUAACGUUUGGCGACGCGCCCGCCGGGGACCUGAGCAACCACGUUAGCGACCGGUACCGGCCCGCGGUGCAGUUCGCCGACAGUGCGGCGACGGCCGACACGGCUGUCAGGGGACGCGUGUACGUGCCGCGCCACUGUGGCGCGCACUCCGGCCGCGCCCAGUACCUGCUGAUGGGGCGGCACCGGCUCGGCGUACCCAUGGUCACGUGCUCGCUGGCCGUCGAUGAGUGGCGCCGCAUCCGGGCGGCCGCCGAGCGGUCGGCCACCAACGAGUGCGUGCUGGAGACGUAGGCGCGCGCCGGGACCGGUGACGCCAGCCGCGGCCGACCGGGGGCGGUGAGGGGACCGCGCGGGGAGAGCGGCGCGAGCGCAGGGCUCGUCUCCACGGCCUGCGAUGUGAUUGCUUCUUCUUAUCUGUGCCGAUGCUACGUAACCUUUGCUUAUCAGUGCAAAGUGAAGACUGUGAUAUGCAUGUACAUAGUGCAAUUGAUGGAUGAGAGCGUUUAGCGUAGCGGCAACGUUGGCUGGGUCCGACCGCUGGGGCGAGACGUCGGAGAUAGAAGGCGUCUGGGCAGGGCUCGUGUCUGCCUAUGUUCGCUUCAGUACUGCGUGCCCAUUUCAGCGACAGCUGUGAGAUUAUACAGCAGUUACUGACCGGCUGCUGCGCGAGUCCCUCACCUACCCGUCAGCUGGUGAGGUUGACAUUGCUCGCGUUGCUGGUCGAGCACUGCGUCAGGAUACUUGUGAUAGCGAAAUCCGAUGAUACUUUGUUUUCCAUUCAAGUGCCAAAACGACGGUGUAAAAGGUAUGAAGUGCGCGUUGCUGAUCUACAUAAUCGAAUAACAUUUGCGCUACGUCUUGGCCCGGCUGAUAUCCCAGAGCUUUUAACCUUGACCCAGUGCGGCGACGCGUUCCCUUCGUCACGACCCUGACCUCGGGUCAAGGGCAUGUUGCGCUGCUGCGUGGAAAAACAGGGUACGUUUCAUCGUCGCACUACGGUGUGGACUGGCGGCGUCUUUCCAUGUAGCCCGCUCUUUUGUAGCCUAGGCGUCAGCGUCGCAAGCGUUUGCGGGGCCGUGAAUUCUGAUGUGCCAACGGCCCGGGAGGGCGGUGGUCUGGGGCUCGGCAAGGUCUGUGCACGCCGCCGCGAGCGGCCGUCAGUGCCAACUGUACAUAGCACGGUGGCCAGCCCCGUCAAAGAUUGGUCGUGGUCGACCGUCGUCGGCGUGAACACGGCGGCCCACAUUUGUCCGGUUUGAGCCGGUUUUAGCUGGCACGCGCUGCGCUGGUGUGUGGUGGGCCUGACUCGGUAGACCAGCGGUCCAUGUGACCCGGCCAUGGAUGUGAGGACCACUGACUGACUGUGCGCCGCCGACCGAGUGGCAUUUGAGAGCCACCAGCCCGUGAUCUCUGAGCGAGCCCGCUGCGUGAGAGUGUCAUGCUAGCGCCGCGGUGUACAGUGAAUAUACCCUAUACACGUACGGA